GCGGAAGUGUCGCUGAGUGUUUAAGUGAGGACAUGAUCCUCCUGAGUUGUUAAUUAAUGUGCUGCCCGGACGUUGGCUAUCUCGUCAAACAGGAAAAGUGGGAGCUGAAAGAGUAGCGAAAGCAGGCGCACCACCUUGCACGUCAGCCUUAAAGUAGCUAGCAUCUGCUCCCAAAAUGUUGUCUGAAGGAGGUUCUUUCAUGAAGGGGGUGAUCAUGGGAGGCGUCUUCUGCUUGGUGCUGUCACUCCUGGGUAGUUUCAGCCCCGGCACUGAGUCCAGGACAGACGAGCAGCAGCAUCAUCAUCAUCAUCACGUCAAGGCCCCGAGUAAAGAUGAGCUGACACACAUCUCCGACAGUCACAUGCAGGAGUUGACAGAUCAAGUCCGUGUAUCUUGCAUCAUCAUGGUCCAGCCCAAGAUCCUUAUUUACUGGGCAACUGUGGUAGACACCUGGAGCAAACACUGUGAUAAAGCUGUGUUUUACACCUCUGAGUCGUCUAAGGCGCUUGAGGCGGUAGACCUGGAUGAGAAAGAUGACUGGGCGAGGUUACGUAAAGCUCUGAAGCAUGCUUAUGAUAACGCCGGAGACCUGCAGUGGUUCUUUUUGGCAAAAGCUACAACGUUUGCAAUCAUAGAGAACCUCAAAUACCUGGUGCUCGCCAAGGAUCCUACUGAGCCCUUCUACCUGGGCAACGCUAUGAAGUCCGGGGAGCUUGAGUAUGUGGCGUACGAUAGUGGCAUUGUUCUAAGUCAUGAAGCGCUGAAAAGGCUAGUGAACGUGUUCCAGGAUGAAGACAAAUGUCCAGAACGAGGACGAGCCCUGUGGAAGCUCAGCGAGGACAAGCAGCUGGCCGUGUGUCUCAAAUAUACGGGUGUGUUUGCAGAGAACGGAGAAGACGCACACGGAAAGGGCCUGUUCAACGACAAGAGCGUCAACAGCCUGAUAACGGACAGCAUGAAGGACAACCCCACUAACGUGGUGGAGGGCUGCUGCUCCGACGUGGCAGUCACGUUUCACGGCAUGUCACCCAAUCAAAUGCAGGUUAUGAUGUUUGGAGUUUACAGACUUCGUCCUUACGGCCACGAUUUCCAUGACACGAUAGCAUUGAACCCUCCUGCAGGUUCAGAUAAUGACUAGAGAAACAUUCCUUCAGCGUGGACGUGGUAUUUUUGAAUGUUUUGCUUCUAUGAUGGCAAACCUUACUGUGGGGAGAUGGUUUUCUAAUUCUGUUUGUAAAAACUGGAUCCUGGGUGGAAAUAACACUUUUAUGUAUAUUUGUACCUUUUUGCACUCUGCACAAUCCGCACCCCAUUCCUUUGUGUUGUGGAUAAAGAGAGUGGAUGAGGUGUGCCGUCCUUCUGAGUGAAGACAGAGCUGGGACAAGUGACAUGAGACUAGAUAAUCUGGAAGUUUAGGUUAUUAUGUAUCUUAAAUGUUUGUCUUUUUGUGGUCUUAAAGCUGCGUUAACGUUAUCCGGUGAUGACUAUUUUCUGAAAUUAUUUAACUGUUCAAACUGCUUUUACCAUCGUAACCACACUAUGAACAACUUCUAUUUUAAAGAUGGUUUGACUCAAUAUCGGUUACUGAUGCUUCCAAACAUAUGUUGGCCCAGCAUGGCUCUGUAUAAAGUGCAUUUCUUCAGAGUUCUUGUUGGAAAAAUAUUUCAUUUUUAUUGUUAAUUAAAUUUUUUCAAGGUUGGGAAUAUCCUUGACUUUUAAGGAACUCAUUGAAUGUUGAUUGAUUUUCAACAUAAUCUGGUGAAUUAAUCUACGCAAUCCCUCAUGUAAACCAAACAUAUUUUAAUAUUUAAACUGAAACAACUCUGAAGUCAUUUUUGUUUGUUUUUGUUUGGUCCCUUAUUCUGGGAAUUAGCAAUUAUUUAAUUAUCAUUAUCAAAACAUACAAAGUUAACCUAAUAUAAAAUUGCUGAAGUAAACAUACUGUCAGUGUUCAGUAAUUCCUGUAAUUUUUUGGACAUUGAAUUUUAGUAACAGUUAAGAUGUGAUGAUUAGGGCCCUAAGACAUUUUUGGUUUCGGUACUUUUAAAGAGCUUGAUUUACCUCCACAAAAAGAACUGGAAUUUACAGCUAAAUGGAAAAUAUUAUACCAUCAAAGUUGACAUUUAGGUGUGUCACAAUUUUCUCCAAAGACUUUUAAAGGCCAAAAUGUUUUUUUUUUUAAUUUAAACUCUUGUUUCCAGCACUGGUGGCUAUGCCCAUAUCAUAAAGAUAAACAGAUUGUUGGUUUCGCCCUGACAACGGCAAAUUAUUUUUUAAAGGUAGUCUACAUGAUAUCAAGUGUGAUAUAACUACCAUUUUUGUUUUUGCAAGGUCAGAUGGUGAAAUAGGGGGGUAGUCAAACCUAGUUUUGAUUUCCAUAUUUGUCAUUUCAGUAUAUAUUUUUGUCACACAUUAAAAGAGACACAACCUGUGUCAUUGUCCCACUGACAUUUAAAAACACUUCGGACUGACCAGAUGAUCCCUGAAGUGACCUUUGGAUAAUAAAAUGAAUUUCUGGUGAAAUUUAACAUAGCUCUGUGGUGUUAAAUAAUUCAACGUGGACUGUUAAAGAUGGGAAUAAGGUGAAGAAGCAUACAAAAUAAAAGUGCUGGUAACUUUCAGGUGUCAAUUGUGUAAACCUUCCAGCAUACUGUGAAUGAUUUUGGUAAAGGGAAGUAUUUUUACAAUUAAAGGACUGCUUUGUUAACCUGAAGAAAUUUUCUCUAGACUGUGAAUGUGUUCUGAUGCGGACCACCAUUUACGCUCUGCCUCGACCAAUAUGUUGUUGUAUAUCAUGCUGCUGGCAGUCAGGUAAGAAAAUAAAAUAUUGCAGUUU